CGCUGUGCCUCCUCUCCUCCCAUCCCGCACAGUUCUUGGUUGGACUCUACCCUCUCGGCUCCUUCUGGGGGCCUUGGUCAUCCCCCUCCUCUCCCCUCGUCUAGUCCCAAGAGUGUGGCAGCUGCGGGCACCGAGUUCCAGGGGCACGGAUUCCAGACACCGCCUCGCCUCAUCUACUCUACAGGUUCUCCUGGACCGGCCCGAACAUGCUGGACGGCCUGAAGAUGGAGGAGAACUUCCAGAGCGGGAUAGAGACCCCAGCUUCCUUCUCCUCGCUGCUGGGCAGAGCGGUGAGCCCCAAAUCGGUCUGCGAGGGCUGUCAGCGGGUCAUCUCGGACAGGUUUCUCCUGCGCCUCAACGACAGCUUCUGGCACGAACAGUGCGUGCAGUGCGCCUCCUGCAAAGAGCCCCUGGAGACCACCUGCUUUUACCGGGACAAGAAGCUCUACUGCAAGUAUGACUACGAGAAGCUGUUUGCUGUCAAAUGUGGGGGCUGCUUCGAGGCCAUUGCACCCAAUGAGUUUGUUAUGCGGGCCCAGAAGAGUGUGUACCACCUGAGCUGCUUCUGCUGCUGCGUCUGUGAGCGACAGCUACAGAAGGGAGAUGAGUUUGUCUUGAAGGAGGGACAGCUGCUCUGCAAAGGGGACUAUGAGAAAGAGCGGGAGCUACUUAGCCUGGUGAGCCCAGCAGCCUCAGACUCAGGCAAAAGUGAUGAUGAAGAAAGCCUUUGCAAAUCAGCCCAUGGGACAGGGAAAGGAGCCACAGAGGAUGGCAAGGACCACAAGCGUCCCAAACGCCCCAGAACCAUCCUGACGACCCAGCAGAGGAGAGCAUUCAAGGCCUCCUUUGAAGUCUCCUCCAAGCCGUGCAGGAAGGUGAGAGAGACUCUGGCUGCAGAGACAGGACUGAGCGUCCGUGUGGUCCAAGUGUGGUUCCAGAACCAGAGAGCUAAGAUGAAGAAGUUGGCCCGGCGGCAGCAGCAACAGCAGCAGGAUCAGCAGAACACUCAGAGGCUGAGUUCUGCUCAGACAAAUGGCAGCGGGAAUGCUGGGAUGGAAGGGAUCAUGAACCCCUACACGGCCCUGCCCACCCCACAACAGCUGCUGGCCAUUGAGCAGAGCGUCUACAGCUCCGAUCCCUUCCGACAGGGUCUCACCCCGCCCCAGAUGCCUGGAGACCACAUGCACCCUUAUGGUGCUGAGCCCCUUUUCCACGACCUGGAUAGUGACGACACCUCCCUCAGUAACCUGGGUGACUGUUUCCUAGCAACCUCGGAAGCUGGGCCCCUGCAGUCCAGAGUGGGAAACCCCAUUGACCACCUGUACUCCAUGCAGAAUUCUUACUUCACCUCUUGAGUCGCUCCCCCUCUGGAGUUCCAUGGCUAGGCUCCCAUAUGGAACAACCACAUCAUGGCAGACAGGGAUCACUGGCUUGAGGACAGGGAGGCUAGGAAAGAGGUGGGCUGGGGAGGGAGUUUUGUUGGGGAUGCUGUUGUAUAAUGAAAUGGGGUAGCUCAGCAUUUCCAAAGACUGAAUACAUUAUGGGUUGCAUAGUUUAAUGUUUCUAAUAAGAGUCUUAGCAUUAGAUAUGAAGAUGUGUUUAUCAUUAAGGACAGGGACUUUUAAUAUAGACCUUCUCAUGCAAACUAGAUACCUAGGGACUCCUAACAACUUCCCAUCAUUUUGGGGAAGCUCUCUUCAAGAGGUGCAUAUGUCUAUCCACCUCCACACCAUAGGCAGACAGACAGGUAGAUGUGUGAGUGUGUGGCCUUUCAUACUUUAUCAUCAAAGUUUAUUCUUAAUUGUAACAGACACCAACUGUACAGCAAAAGUAACUUUAUUUUCAGUGUGAACUAUAUUUAAGGAAAUGCUUGAUGCACUUAAGUUAUAAAAUGAGAUAAUUUACUUUUAUAAACUUUAUUUUUAGUUUGAAGAGACUUGUUGGCAGGGCAGAGGAGGGCGUUCCACCCAGCCCAAUAGCUUUGAGUGCUUGAGUUUAUUCUGUCUUCAGAGUGUCCUUGAGGUCUGGAAAGCCACUCUAGGUGGCUGAUAGUGUUCUCUUUUAGAGUCUUGCUUCUUUAGGGGUGCUAAAUCACUGGGCUGUUGUGAGAUAGAGCGAUCCCUAUUGUGUUAUUUUUUUUAAAUGGGAAGCCCUGUCUUGGGGUUUCUUGUCAGUCCUAAGACAUGGUUGUCAGGCAGUGUUAGGAAGGCUGGCUCUUGCCAUUGAACUUCAGCAUCUGCCAAGUGAGGAUGAGGCUGACAGUAUGCACCUACCUCACUGGGGGCCACAGGGAUAGUUCAUUCCCAAGGCACCUGGGCAGGGCUGAGACUGAAAUUUCACAUUGGCUUCUAAUUCUCCUGCACUCCUCAGACAAUGAAGGAGUAUGCCUGGGACAACAUUGCCUGCCAGGAUCCUUUGUACUAAAUGGAUUGGUAGGGACAGCAGCUUGGGGCAGCUCAGGGGAUGCCUCAUCCUUCAGAGGAGAGGAGUCCCAGGCUGAGGGGAUGAGGGGAGCUUGAUAGCAACAAACUAUAGCUUCAGGGCCCGGUUUUUAUUUUCUAGGGGAUUAUUUUUUUAAAAAGGAGGAGAAAGUGAUGGAUUAGAUGUGAAACCUGAGAGUGUCCAUCUCAGUCGAAACAGGUUGAGGGCCCUUGUUGCGGAGAGUCAUUUUCUAAACUGCCUCAUAAAACUCAUGGAGACAGGGAAGCCCAGCGCUCUUCCCCUAUGCUCACUUGUCUGUCCUUGGACAUGGAUGACCCAGCAGCUUUUGUACAGGAAGUCAGAUCCACACUCUGAUCUCCCAUUGCAUUGCUGGGAGGCCUUUGAGGAAGCCAGAGUGAGUAGGUGGAGAAACAGAGGGUCAGCUUGGACUCAUCUCGGAGGGGCGAUGACAGACUGACCUCACACCCAGGAAUGUUAUCACACCC